CGGGAACAAGAAACUUUAGAAUUGGCAACGAUUUACGAGACCUAAUGACAUUGAUCCGGUAAAACUUUAAGGUAUACCGUGAUUGGACAACAUCCCACCGCCGCCGCCGACACUACUGUAUACUGUCAACCCCGUCCAUUCGACCGCGGAGUCACAACUGUCCCGACCUUCGUCCUCAGCUCCUCCACCGAAAGUGUCGUAAGCCAACGUCGCCUUCGCCAUGGGACGGCACCUCCGACCCCUCCGGGUACACCAGCUUGCCUCGCAGAUGCUCGAAACUGGCCGAUUACAGCAAGAACCUCCGUGGUACCGUGUUGUUGGAGCGAUUCCACCCACGACUACCCUCGUCCGAACCCCACCGGUUCAGCUCCAGGACAAGAAGAUCCGAAAGUCUGCCCGCAAGCCGUCUCGGAUGUUCCAGCCCCACCGCAUUGUUUACCCCGAGGACGAAUUGCGUAGCCGAUUCUUCCAGGACCACCCGUGGGAACUGGCCAGGCCCAGAAUCUUGGUGGAGAACGACGGAAAGGACUUUAUGAGAUACGACUGGAGCAAGAUGAGACAGCCUGGGAAGAUGCUGGACGGAGAGAGUGUCGUUCAGCGCCAGAUGUGGUUGAUGGAGAACCAGGGCCGGACCAAGGUCGAAGCCUACGAUAUCGCGCGAAAAGAAUUCUACGAUCUCCGAAUGCGGGAGGAUAUCGAGCGUCGUGUUACAGCUGAGGAGGCCUUGUCCGUCGGUGCCAAGUUCGGCAAGUCAUAUAUGGAUAUUGGUAUCGAACUGGAGCAGAGAGCGCUGGAGCAGUGGAAGGAGAAGGCUAUUGCGCUGUUGCAGUUGAAGCGUGGUCGCCAAGCUGCGUUCAGCGGAACCACGGAGGAAGACCCAGCCACUGCGGCGACCCCAGAGGUCACUCCUGGCGCAGCAGAGGGUGUUGCAGUGCCUGCAGCGGCGGCGGCGGUUUGAGCAAGCAGAGCAGGCGAGUGAUGGGCGGACCAAGUAUUUUAGCAGAAGUUCGUUUCGUCACGAGGGGCAUCAGGUAUUUUUUGUUAUUUGUUAGUAAGUACGUGUACAACAGCUAUCCUAGGGCAUACGCGGCAACUGGCUUCCACC